AUGAACAUCAAUAUAUUAAAUAUAAUUGUAUUACUAAUAAUAAUAAAUAGUGUAACAUCUUGUUCAAUAUUUUUAUCCUUAAAUUGUUCUUGUUUUCAAUCUAAUAUUGAUUUAAAUAUAUCAUUACCUAUUAAAAUCUAUUCACAUUUAUAUUGUCAUGGAAAUUCUUUAACUAAAGAUACUUUUCAAUCACCAUUUGGAUUUGAUUUUCAAAAUCAAAAUCGUUUUCGUACGAUUUCAAUUGAAUUUUUUCUUAAAAAUCAAGUAGAAAUAUAUUCAUAUCAAUUUGAUUCUUUAUCAAAAUUAUUUUCUCAAACAAAUAAUGAUGCUAAAAUUGAAUUAUCUAUUCGAUUUAAUCAUUUUACACAUAUUACAUUUAAUAAAUAUUCUUUAACUUCAAAAAUUUUUAAUGAAAAACAUUAUAAAAAACAUUUAUGGUUACAUUUUAUUCCAACAACAUCGAAUUAUAUUCAAAAUGAAUCCGGUGAAAAUAAUUCUACUGCAAUUGAUGAUCAAUUUACAUUUUCUGAAAAUUGUUUUUCUGGAUUAACAGUUUCUCAUUUAAAUAUAUAUAGUUAUAUGACAAGAGCAUUUAUUUCAUCAUCAUAUCCAUUUGAAUUUGUAUUCAAUAAUACAAAUAUAGGUGAACUUCAUUUUCAUGGAUCAAUUAUUCCUCCUGGUCCAUAUUAUCUAAGACAAACAUUUAAAGGUCUUGUUCGAUCUUUAAAACUUCAUCGUCAUGUUGAUAGGAUUGAUUCAAAUUCAUUUCCAUAUUAUUUUUCUGUUUAUUCUUAUACAAUUCAUGCUAUUGAAGCUUAUUCAAUGAAUCUUGAUUCAUUUAUCCCAUUAUAUACUAAUUUACGUGGUUUAGAAUUAAUUAAACCACAUUUUGAAGUUUCAAUUGAUAAAUAUAUUCCAACAUUAGAUUCUUUAACAUUAGAUAUUGAAUAUUUAAAUGAACGAACACUUUUAUCUGGUCAAUAUAUAAAUAAUUUAAAAUUUGGUUCUCGUCUUCGUCGAAUAAAUCCUCAAGUAUUAUAUUAUUUAAAAAAUAAUUUAAAAUAUAUAGAUUUAUCUGAUAUUAAUUUAUCUGAAAUGAUAUCAGAUUCUCGUUGUUAUUUAAUUCAUUUUAUUUAUAAUAAUUAUAAAGAUCAAUUAAAUAUUAUUUUUCCUAAAAUAGAAAAUUUAACUGAAUGUGAUUGUGCUCGACUUAUAUUAAUACAUAUUAAAUAUAUUAAAGAUUAUUAUAAUGAUGAUUUAUUAUGUAAAAAAAAAUGUCGUUUUAGUGAUUGUUCAAUAAUUAGUGAAUAUUUUCGUGAAAUAUAUCCAUUAUUUACAAAUGAUAAACAAUUUAUGAAUAAUUCAAAUGAUAUAAAUAAUAAUAAUUUACCUUCUGUUGAUUUAUAUUCGGAUUCAAUUGAUAUUGAUAUGAUUCAUUUUCUUAUUAAUCAAACAAAUGAACAAUCAAUAAAUAUAAAUCAAAAACAAACAACAAAUACACCUUUAACAAAUUUUCAACAUUCUUAUACAAUUUUAGUUUCAACAGAAGAAAUAUAUUCGAAUUCGAUUGAUCAAGACUUAAAUAAAACAUCAAAAUCUAAAAAAAUCAAAUUAUUCUCUUGGAUAUCAUUAUUAUUUGGUAGUAUUAUUAUAUUACUUUUGAUUAUUAUUAUUUUUAGUAUUAUAUAUUGUCUUGUACGAUAUAGAAAAAAAAAGCAUUUCAAACCUGUUCCUGUUUAUGUUUAG